AUGCAUGAGCUCUACUUGCACUAUGUCAGUUGCAAGGGCGUCUGGACAAAGUCUUCGUUGGUCAUCAAUGCGAGGAAGGAACACCACAAGCGUCAGAAAUCAACUUUUGAAUUCUGGACCCGAGACAAGAUGAUUCAGGAACUUGGUACAGACCUUGCUGAUGAUUUGAUUGCCCGCCACAAGACGGCUGAACAGGCGUUGCCAGCAUCUAAGAAGGGUCAAUUUAUCAUCAAGAACCCCGACUUCCCGGACAGAGAGGAUCUGCACCGCUACAAGAACUUCGCAGGCCUGCGCCAGGUGAAAGAGGAGAAGCAUUCAACUUCUGCAAGUCUCACUAUGGAGGCUGAGGUGGAGGAAGAAUCUAUGCAUGCUGCAAUGCCCUUCAGCUUAAACAUGGCCCUAUAA